AUGGAGUUACUCAAACAGAUUACCCUACCAACGAGCACUUCUCCUCUGGUAGCUAUCGAAAAGGGAGAGUUAAAUGGUUAUUACUUGGCGCUUAACGUACCUUCCUCUAUGCCUCCAAUGCCAACUAAUGUGAAGGAGUUUUUGCCGGAUCAGAAGGAGUUUUUGCCGGAUCAGAAGCUCCUCACUGAUGAUACGUCUGUCUUUCGACGGUUACGAGUGUGGAGACAACGUGCUGUAACUAGAACGAGUGGUCAACUGCAGGUCGCGUUUCGCUCUGAGAAUGUAGCUAAGGAUGUGUUGGAAGGUCGUGCCACCUCAGUUCGGCAACGAUUACUGGAAAAAGUAAUUCAGCAGCGUUUCAUUAAGGUAGGCAAAUUGUUCACAUUGUUUCCAUAUCUACACCGUCAAGCACACUAUCUGCUCAGCUCUUCUUAAUU